AGGAUCUCUGCAGCCUGGUGGACUCUGCAGGAUCCGGAUCGUCUCCUCCUCCUCCUCACCGACUCAGACCCUCUGAUCCUCCGGAGCCGCCGCCGUCUCCUGCUCCAGACCCAGACCCGGUCCCGGUCCUGGUCCUGGUCCCGGUCCCGGUCCGCUGCGGUAUGUGAGGGGGGGUGUCUGCGUGGGGCGCGAGGCGGAGGUGUUGAGGUGGGCUCGGUGCGCGUGUUGUUGUUUACGAAACAUUAGAAAAUAAAAUCAGAUAAACAUGAAAAUUGAACAGAAAUGUCGGAUUUGAUGUUGUUGUGUCGCGAGGAGCCCGGAGCCCGGACCCCCGUUAGGACCCGGUAACCGUCCCGGUCCACCUGUCCACGAGGACACAUGUCUCAGACCCUCCAUGCGGCUCCGGACCACAACCACAACCAGAACCAGAACCAGCAGCAGUACCACCAGAUCUGCACCCGCAGCAGCUGCCCCGGACCCCCCGGACCCUCCUCCGGACCCUCCAGACCUCCUGGACCCUGCGGACCCUCCGGCCCCCCCUCCGGGCCCCGGGGGCCCCGCGGGGCCCGGAGGAAGUGGCAGGUGUUCCCGGGGAGGAACCGGUUCUACUGUGACGGUCGGAUCAUGAUGGCGAGGCAGAGCGGAGUGUUCUACCUGACCCUGGUCCUGAUCCUGGUCACCUGCGGCCUCUUCUUCACCUUCGACUGUCCCUUCCUGGCGUCCAACCUGACCCCGGCCAUCCCGGCGGUGGGCGGCGUCCUCUUCAUCUUCGUGAUGGGGAUGCUGUUCCGGGCGAGCUUCAGCGACCCCGGCGUGCUGCCGCGGGCAACGCCGGACGAGGCCGCCGAGCUGGAGAGACAGAUCGACGCGUCCGGCUGCUCCAGGCCGCCUCCUCGCACCCGAGAGGUUCUGAUCAACGGACAGACGGUCAAACUGAAAUACUGCUUCACCUGCAAGAUGUUCAGACCGCCGCGAGCGUCACACUGCAGCCUGUGUGACAACUGUGUGGAGCGAUUCGACCACCACUGUCCGUGGGUCGGGAACUGCGUCGGACGGAGGAACUAUCGCUUCUUCUACCUGUUCAUCCUCUCGCUCUCCUUCCUCACCAUCUUCAUCUUCGCCUUCGUCAUCACACACGUCAUCAUCAGAUCGAAGCGGACAGGUUUCCUGAGCGCGCUCAGAGACAGUCCGGCCAGCGUCCUGGAGGUGGUGGUGUGUUUCUUCUCCGUCUGGUCCAUCGUCGGCCUGUCGGGGUUCCACACCUACCUGAUCAGCUCCAACCAGACCACCAACGAGGACAUUAAAGGGUCCUGGUCCACCAAGCGAGGGAAGGAUAACUACAACCCCUACAGCUACGGAAACAUCCUGACCAACUGCUGCGCCGCCCUGUGUGGACCGCUGCCCCCCAGUUUGAUUGACAGGAGGGGGCGGGUCCAGUCCGACACGCCGCAGAGCGUCUCGCAGUCUAACGGGACGAGUGGCUCCGCCUCCACGCAGCGCCGCAGUCACAUGUGUGACCAGGAUCAGUGCAUCCAGAGCACUAAGUUCGUUCUGGCGGCGGCCGCCACGCCGCUGCUGCACAGCGAGCCGGUGGUCCUGGCCCCUCUGUCGGGGGGGAAGGCCGGCGCCCUGGGGGGCCCCUGCGCCUACCUGGCCCCCUCGCAGCCGUCCCCGCUGCCGUCCUGCGGCGGCGGGGACGUCCUGACCCUGAGGGACGCCGCCGCCGACUCCCACUGCCACCACCACCUGCACCACCACCACCAUCACCACCACCACCACUUCGUGAGCCCCGAGGAGACGCCGUGCGGGACGCCGCAGGGCGCCCUGCCAUGCCCCGCCCACCUGCACCUGCACCCGCACCUCGCCGGCCCCGCCCCCGCCGCGCUCUACGGCCCCGCCCACCAGGACGCGCUGCACGAGGACUCGGUCAGAGGACUCGUUAAACUCAGCUCCGUCUGAAUAUCACAACAGUGGAAAGAAAAGAUAUGAGGACGUUUGUUUAUUAAUUAUUAAAUAUUUAUAAUAAUCCUCCAGAAUCAGCUGCUGUCGAGCCGAACGGACCAAAAACCUUUUUAUAAACGAAGAUCUGAGACUUUUCUUCUUCAGGUUUUAGAUUCUCAGAAGAAGCUCAGCAGCAUCACUGCCAGACGUUCAAACCUUUUGUUUCUUUUUUAACGUUUAUUAAAGUUUCUCCUGCAGCUGUUUCAGCUCCACACCGACACGGACGUUUACAACUGGUUUAUUCUCCGUUUCAGCUUCUCCAAUCCUGAAAAUCCAACAAAAUAAAUCUGUUAAUCAGAAAAUAACAAGCCGCAAAAAAUACGAUUUAUAAAUAAAACUUCGUCUUUCAUCUUACCCUGAUAAAUCCCCCCAGAUAUUAAACAAAUGAUGAAGACAUUUCAACAAUAAAUUAAUAAAUAAUAACAUUUCUCUCUGGAAACGAAACUGAAUUGAAACCAAAAGUUUAAUUAAAUAAAAAAUAAAUUUAAAGAAAACUAUGAAACUAAAAGUCUGACCAGAAUCCUAAAAUAAAAUAAAAUAAAAAUUACAUUUAAAAAAAUAAAUAUAUAAAUCUGUUAAAAUAUAUAACACUAUUUAUUCACACAAAAACUGUAAGAAAUGAAUCUUUAAAGCAUUUUAUUCAUAUUUAACUUAUUUUUUAAUCUGCCUGUCAAUCACUGAAAAUAUUAAUAAUUUAACAUUUUAUGUCCUCCAGAGAAUCUGAGCUACAUGAUAUAAAAAUAAAAAAAUAAUAAAUAAAAAAAUUAAAAUGAAUUAAUAAAUAAUAAAUAGAUUUCACUCUGGUGACUGAACAAGACAAAAAGUAAAUUUAAAUUAAAUUAAAAUGAAAAUGUAAUUUAAAAAUCUGGCCAGGAUCCGAAAAUAAAAUAAUAAUCAUAUAAAAAUCUUUAUUCUUUAUCCUUCAAAACAUAUUUAACACAGUUUAUACACACGAAUAAACUGUGAAAACUGUCAGAAAUUAAUCUAUAAAUCACUUUAUUCAUAAUUAAAGUUAUUGAUUGAUAAUCUCUCUGCAGGUUUGUUUACGUUUCGUCACAUUUCAGUUAAAGUUCUCAAAAAAAGCUUUCAGACACGUAUGAAUAAAUUAAUAAUCAGCUGCUGUAACGGUGAAUAACUCAGUUUUAUUGAUUAUUUAUUAAAUAUCUGUGUCCGUGUUGGUGGGCCGGAGUUUAAACUGUUAUUAAAAGUUGUUUGGUGAAUGUCAGACUGAAAUAAAAACAAUAAAUGCCUUAUUUUUUAUUUUAUUGAUGUUAUUGAGUGUCAGCUGAUGAUGUCACGUCUCUGACUCUCUGAUCUGCCCGGCGACAGGUGACGAGCUCUCAGCCGAGUGUUGCCUUCUGGGAAAUGUAGGCGGAGCAGCUGAUGACGUAUCUUAGUAACAGCCAGUCAGCUGCUGAUUGGACGACUCUUUAAUUAUCAUAAUUAUGAUUAUAAUUGUGUGUUUUUUCCUCCAGAUGAUUCAUCAACAACUGGAUUUCAAUAAAACA